GUGUGAAGUAAGAGUCGAGGUUACGUCAGGGUACUUACUCAGUACUUGCAUACACUAGUUACAUAGCGGGGUGAUCCGGACCCCGCCACCACCACCACCAUCCCACCACCAUCCCACCCCACCUCAUCACUCACAUCACAUCAUCUUCAUCACCCUCGACCUCCAACCCACGACAGUCCAACCCACGCCAACCACCAACCCCAACCAUGGCGGGCAAAAAAGCCGCACCAGAGAACACCAAGAAGGUAGCGGGCAACGCGAAGAAGGCCGCAGCAGCGGAGGCCAAGGCCGCAUCCGACAAUGCGAAGAAGGCGGUAGUCGAGGCUGAGGAGUGGAGCAAGGGCGCGAAGAGUAACGAUAAGAAGGAGGCCGCGGAAGCCAAAAAGCGGGAGUUAGCUGCAAAGAAAGCCGAGAAAGACAAGCUUUUGGCGGAGGAGGAGGCCGCUGCGCCAUCCAAGCCGAAGGGUGGGAAAGUAGCGGUGAAGCGGGGCGGGAUCGAUGGUGCGCUGGACGCGAUCAACGCGACGGGAAUCGACGACGCCCUGGACGCGCUUGCGAUCACUACGAGCGACGGGAAGACGGUGACUGUUGACCGGCAUCCCGAGCGGCGGUUUAAGGCGGCGUAUGCCGCGUACAAAGAGCGGAGACUGCCUGAGGUCAAGGAGGAACAUAAGGGCCUCAGACUUAACCAGAUGGUCGAGCUUAUCAAGAAGGAGUUUGAUAAACACCCUGAUAACCCCUUCAAUCAGACGGGUAUCGUCGCCCAUAAUGCCACUAGGGAGGAGAUUGAUGCGAAGAGGAGGGAUGAGAGGGAUAAGAUCGAGAAGAGGCUGGCGGCGGGGAAAUAAAAGGGCAGGCUGGUUUCGUGUGUUCUUUGCUUUUCGUUUGGCUGGUCGCUUGCUUUGAACUCUCUUUCUUGAUGGACUGUAUGGCUGUAUGGGGGCUGGAGGCGCAAAAGCACACGGGCUCUCUACUGCUACUACUACUACUACUACUACUACUACUACUACU